AAAAGAAGAUGGAAAAGGAAGAAAAAAAAGGCGUGAGUGAGAUUUACAGCUCAUGUGAGUCAUGUCGUACAAGUGACACUCCCAAAACUUCCAAGAAAGCAUCAGAUCCAAUUUUCCUCAAUCUUCUCCUCUCGUCGAUUUCCAAAAAAAUCAGAUAUAGAGAGAGAAAGUGAGCUCGUGAAACAGUGAUGAAAGGAAUCGCCAUGGAUGAUCGAGCUCGCUUGACCCGCAGAAUCCGGUUUCUCCUUCUUGCUUGGCUCCGUCGUUCUCGCUCCGGCUCUUUGUCUGUGCUGUGUGUUAUGUUUGUGGAACAAUUUAUACAACCUUUCACUUGCGCCAUUAUCACAGGGAGGAUAGAAUUUGUGAGACGAUUCGAUUACAAGGAGAUGGCGAAGGCAACGGAAAGUUUCCGCAAGGUUAUCUACAGCAACUAUCACGGUUCUGCAUACAGAGCCAGAUUCAAAGGUGGUGAGGUAGCUUUGGUCAAAGAGCUCAAGUCUCUUGAUCUUGGACGAGAGGUGUUUUAUGAGGAAGUGAAACUCUUGGGACGCUUACGUCACCGCCAUCUCCUCACACUUCGUGGCUUUUGCACCGGACGCAAGAGGCUGCUAGUGUAUGACAACAUUGAAAAUGGAAGCUUGAAAGAACACCUCAAUGAUCCUCUUAAGACUCCUUUGAACUGGAAGACUCGCAUCAAAAUAGCCAUUGGAGUCGCAGCUGCAUUAGAAUACUUGCUAAUCUUCAGCAGCAGCGAUGUGCAGAUAUAUGAUGUUUCAGUGAAUUCAUGUAACAUCAUGUUGGAUGAAAACUUCACCCCCAAAAUUUCAGAUAUCCGCAUCAACAGACACACAAAAAGCCACCCAAAAACAACCAAUGAUUCUUGCUCAGAAGGAUCAUGUGCGGAUGAGGAAUGUGGAAACGUGAUAUUUCAGCUAGGAGUGUUGAUGCUGGAGCUGAUCACAGGGCAAUCAUCAGACAGACAAGGCGAAGACUUGAUCGAAUGGGUACAACACUCGUGCAUUGCAAACUCCAUUGAUAAGAUGAUUGAUCCAGAUCUCGGUAACAACUAUAACUCUAGGGAACUCCAGAAAGUUCUAGCCGUGGCUCGACUCUGUAUAAAAACGAGGUACGAGCCACCUUCCUUCUCGAUCACACAUGUAUACCGGUAUCUACAGAAGAAGAUUGAUGUUGCAACAUAAACUAGUCCUUGUUUCUGAAAGUGUGGUUGAAUGGUCGAAAUUGAGAUUGACACGCUUGGUCCAUUUUAGACGAUUCUACAUGUAAUAACAGCUAAAAGAGUAGCAUCAUUGUACUAGUCUCUACAUGUAAUAACAGCUAAAAGAGUAGCAUCAUUGUACUAGUCUCUACAUGUAAUAACAGCUAAAAGAGUAGCAUCAUUGUACUAGUCUCUACAUGUAAUAACAGCUAAAAGAGUAGCAUCAUUGUACUAGUCUCUACAUGUAAUAACAGCUAAAAGAGUAGCAUCAUUGUACUAGUCUUGUGUCUUGAUGUAACGCAUCAUCAGCUACGCUAUACAACUUGUGUCGUGUGAUCCUCAACAUGCU